AUGACUAGGAAAGUUGCUGAUCUCAACGGCAUCGAUACGCCUUGGAUCUCGAACUGGUCUGCCCGGCUGCCAGAUUCCUCCAACCGAGCUGUACCGUCACCUUCAGCCCCAGCGGCAGCACCCGCAACCGAUGCGCCCAUUCACCCCGAAGACUACUCGAAGCCAUACUGCGAUUUCAUGACCUCGAACCCGACGAUUUUUCAUGCCGUCAAGUCGUUUUCCCAGCAGCUCGAGCAGCAUGGCUAUAAGUUCCUCUCCGAACGUGCGGUGUGGACCUCGGAGCUGAAGCGGGGCGGCAAGUUCUACUGCUUGCGCAAUGGCAGCUCGCUGAUUGCGUUCAACAUCGGUAAGGACUACAAGAGCGGCAAUGGGAUAGGCAUUGUGGCUGGCCACGUCGAUGCCCUGACGUCCAAGCUGAAGCCCGUGUCCAAGGUUCCAAACAAGGCGGGUUUCCAGCAGCUCGGGGUCGCUCCGUAUGCUGGGGGUCUGGGACUGACCUGGUGGGAUCGCGAUCUCGGUAUUGGUGGUCGAGUGCUGGUUCGUGACCCGCAAACCGGCAAGGUCGAGACCAAGCUGGUCAAGCUGGACUGGCCUAUCGCGCGCAUCCCCACCCUUGCGCCUCAUUUCGGGGCUCCCGCGAACGGCCCUUUCAACCCGGAGACCCAGAUGGUACCUAUCGUUGGAAUUGACAACUCGGAUCUAUUUGAGCAGAAGACCCAGAGCGAGUCCGCGGACAUCAAGCCUGGCACUUUCGCUUCGACUCAACCGGAGAAGUUGAUCAAGAUCAUCUCCAAGGAGAUUGGCGUGACUGACUACAGCACGAUCGUCAACUGGGAGCUGGAGCUGUUCGACAGCCAGGCUGCCCAGCUUGGUGGCCUGGAGAAGGACAUGAUCUUCGCCGGCCGUAUCGACGACAAGCUUUGCUGUUAUGCUGCCCAAGAGGCGCUCAUCGCUUCCCCUGACAGCGCAUCGAGCGGCACCGUCAAGAUGGUUGGCAUGUUCGACGACGAGGAGAUUGGCAGUCUGCUGCGGCAAGGUGCCCGGUCGAACUUCAUGAGCAGUGUCAUUGAGCGCAUCACCGAGGCCUUUGCCCCGAACACCUACGGCCCCAACCUCCUGUCUCAGACGGUGGCCAACAGCUUCUUGGUAUCGUCGGAUGUCAUCCAUGCCGUUAACCCGAACUUCCUCAAUGUCUACCUGGAGAACCACUCGCCUCGUCUCAACGUGGGCGUGGCGGUCUCGACCGACUCCAAUGGCCACAUGACAACAGACAGUGUCAGCCACGCCAUCCUGCAAAGUGUGGCGGCCCGUUGCGGCUCGACGCUGCAGGUCUUCCAGAUCCGGAAUGAUUCGCGCAGCGGUGGCACGAUCGGGCCCAUGACCAGCUCCCGCAUCGGCAUGCGCGCAAUUGACUGUGGUAUCCCGCAGCUGAGCAUGCAUAGCAUUCGUGCAACUACCGGAAGCCUGGACCCUGGACUGGGUGUCAAACUGUUCAAGGGAUUCUUUGACCACUUCGAGGAGGUUGACAAGGAGUUUGCCAACUUCUAG